AUGUCGAUACAACCGACAAGCCUUCCUACCGUAGGAUGCGAAGGCAUGAACGCCAGUAUGCAGCUAUCUCAUGGUACCUUGGUACACGAUGGAAGGUCUCUUGAUGGCCAGGAGUACCAGCGCGGAGAUCCCGUGACAAUAAUCGACAACGGGUCGAACGAAGACCUUAAGGACUCCAUCCACGUCCUCAAUCUGCGGAACAAUCAAUACAUGCUUGUGCUUCUCAAGUCUGUUUGCUGGAUUCCCACGCACACCGAGCAACGAUCCGGCGCCACGUUUCUGCUUACCCUGUACGGCUCCAGCCUGGAAUAUCGACACACUGCUGAACCGCAACCCCGCUUGGGCAAUCGUGGCAUCGCGACUCUCCUCGGUUCUUCUGUUUACGUCGCACGCGAGGUCGUCUUGGAGGGCAACCCAUCGAGGGCAGUUCUCGACGCUGCCGACAGAGUUUCCACAUUCACGGUUCAAUGGGAUGCGCUGUCGGUAGAUGCCAUCCAGCAGCCAGCUCUGACUCCCACAAGCUCGUCUUGCGCCUCUUCAAGAUGCCCUUCCGAAUCGGGAGAUGACGUUCCUGUAAUGCACUUCUACCGUCACCAAGGAAGACGCGAUUCUGCUAUUGAGAUCCGCGAUCCCGAGUCGCCGAUCUACAAGUCAACGACGCACAUGACAUCACCGAAGCCCCCUUUGAAACGCUCGGCUUUCUUUGCCACAAAGUACAACACACGCUUCCCAACUGAAGUUUCAGCACACAGACAAUAUCCACGCGGCAGCGCGACUUGGUCAGACGACGUGGGAUCGGACGACGAAGCAUCAUUCGACGUUGAUGCUGGCUUCAAUCAUACUGCCGGGUGUCCCAAUCUUGGUUUGUGCCACGAGGGACUGCAAUUGAGCGAAAUGAAUCCGGAUAGCGACUUGCAAGUCAACUUCGUGUUCAUGCCGCAGAACGACGGCGAAAACUACGCUGCUGGACACCAGGAACAACAACGGCCGGACAAUAACCCCCAAAAUACUAUGUGGGCUCCGUCUGGACUGCCUGCACAUGAGCAAGGAUGGAACCAGUUGCAGAUGCCUCCGCAGCAAGUCCAGGAGAUGCGACAACCCCAAAUGCCGACACCGCAACGCCAACAACAACAUCAACCACCCCCGAGGCAGGAAGUACAGCCAGAAUAUUACGACCAGUAUCGGUUGAUGGACAGAUCCCAGGCUCAGGCUUUGAGUCACCAUCCUCAGCAAAUCGCGACAUCCAACAUGCACAACCAACGCGGAGAAUACGCGCCAACACAGCACCUGCCUCAAGGCGUUACUUCCCACCCAGUCCAGAGCUUUCAGAUGCAGCCUCGAUACUCGGAACAGUCCAACAGACUCCCUGUGCAUGGCACGGCUCCUUCCCCUUUCCCCGUGCCUGAGGAGGUUCAUAUCGUUCAGAGCAACCGCCAUGAGCCUCGCCCUCCUUACUCUUUGCCAUCCUCCACCUACAGUCCUGUUCAUGAAGGCAGCUUGCCAUCCACUUCCCACACCCAGCAACCACGACGGAGCCCGAUGCCUGAUGAAUCACGAUCAUCGAGCGCAAGAGGAACACCUGUCAUGGCUCGACGAGCAAAGCCUCAGCCAACACACACGUUUACGCCGACUGCAAUGGUCAACUCUUUCCGUCAGAUUACGCAAUCACAUCUUGCUUCUCUUGAGAGGCACUUCGAACAGCUUCAGCAAGGCCAUGGCAAUGACGAACAGAUUCGAAAGGCCGAGGAGACGUUGCAAGCCGCGCGUCGCGCCGCUGAAAGCUCAUCGCAAACACUUGGCCUACUUCAGCCACUGACUGGCAUUCCAUUUCGUGGUACGGAGAGCAGGCUGCAGUCUCUGUCUGAUCAGAUCGCCGCAGCCAUGCAAAACCUUCUCCCCGGUGCUGCUGAGCAACCUGCCUCGCCUGAGGAGGGCGUUCAACAGUUGAAUAAGAAGGUUCAGGACCUCAAGGAGUUCAUUGAGUAUCUGGAAGGUGUUCAUCCAGAGGCCGUAAGGCGCGCGCAGGCCUCCGCGGAGGCCAGCUCCACAUCUGGAGACAAACCCCGGCAGGAUAGCAAGAACCUUCCCGUUUCUACAUCGAACCGCGUUCCAUCCGCACCUGCUUCUGUCUCUUCACAGAUGGGAGCAAGCGACGAUGAUUCGUGUCGCUGGGUGGACGGUCAAGCCACACCACCCCCUGACCGUUCAGCUGCCAUGGGUCAGAACCGAGACCAGUCUCGAAUGUUUCGUGAUAUGGCAAAUGGCCACGGUCGAAUUCGCCAGGAGAAUCGCAUCACCUCCGACUUCUACCCAAAUGCGGCCUACAGCCGACCGUCAUCUCUCAUGAACUCGCCGGUGACGAGCCAUCCUGCCCCGGCUGAGCCGAACCACGGUUUUUUCCAACAAGCCUUACCCGUCCCAGUCCAACAAUCAAUCCCCCUCUCAGACUAUGCGAUGCAGUCUCGGCCGAUCCAGGCUUACACACCCCCAACCUCGGCCGAGAUGAUGCGGCCCAUGCAGGCGAUCUCGAGCCUUCCCUCUCAACACUACACCACCCAGCAGGAGAAUCCAUUUUGCCUGCGUCCUUCUCAGCAAGCCUGCAUGUAUCCCACGAGUGGAGCAGAGAUGCCCCAGUCAGGAUACGCUCCUCGAUCUCCGGUCUCAUUCCAGCCAACUGGUCCGAACCCCCCAGCUGGGUAUUAUCAGGAUAUGAGGUCCAGCCUUCCCGACAGGCGGCCGAUGCGCCAGGAGCGCCAGGCUCCCUACUCUCUGAGUUACAGAGACCAGAGGCGGCGCAGGGGAAGCCAGUAA